AUGUUCUCAACUCUUGAACCCAGUGCCUCGAAUUUUCAGUCAUCGUCGACACCUGAGGCAAAACAGGCCAGUGUUAUCGUUGAGAGGAUUUCGAACGAUGGGAAUCUUGCCUAUUCUAUUCAGGCGGGUGGUCAUAAGUAUGUCGCUACAGCACAGGUCGGCAGUGGUGCAUUCGGUUACGUCUGGUACGCUAUCAAGGACCAAACAGAGGAGGUCGCCAUCAAGGUCAUCGACAAGGCUGGGUUGCUUGCGCAAUUUGUUUACUGCGCCAGAGACAAACGACCGACCGUGCAACAACUGCUCGAAGGUUCUCAAGCAGCAGCAGCAGCUAUCAGUGCUGAAUAUGAGACAUUCAAGCGCGUCACCGAAGAGCAAUCCCCAUUUUUGACUCCUCUGCUGCAUGCCUUCGAGGACGAGGAUAACUUCUACUUCGUAAUGAGGUUCUACCCCCAGACUCUUCGCACUAGAGCAAAAUUCGGAUUCAUGCAUUGGCAGUUGCGUCUUGUUGCUGCUGAGCUUCUUCUCGCCCUCCAGCAUCUUCACAAGCUGCGCGUCGUACAUUUGGACUUAAAGAUGGAAAACGUGCUCAUAACUCCGUCCGGUCACGUAUGCAUUGCAGAUUUUGGCAAUGCUGAAGUCCUAGACCGCAAACUAACCUAUCAGCAAUUUUACAACGAGCUCAUGUAUGGUGCAUCGGGUACCAGCGGUUACCUUCCUCCAGAACGAGUCGAGGGAAAGCAGGGAUAUAACUUCAAGACGGACACCUGGACCUAUGGUACCAUUCUACUGGAGCUUUUACUAAUAAACGGCGGGGUGAGCAAUCAUCUGUGGUUCCAGAUCGCCCUGGCACUAAAGCUCACUCGACUCUUAAGCACUGGCAUUCUAUAUAUCAUUUCAGUGAUGGAACGCAUAAAUAUGGUAACGGCCACAAGAAGAUACCCGCGGGUUACAGCCAGCUGGCCUUCAUAA